AGCCCUAGGACUAAGGUCGGCAAAGCGCGCGCAUCGAAUGUCAAUGUGUAAAGACUAUUGUCUAUAAAAGCGAUGCGCAAGAGUCGCAUAAGAACGAAAGUCAACGAAAAUGAAGGAGUUAUUAGCUGUGAUAUCGUUGGUAGUAGCUGGGGCUGUGGCCGAGCCUCCGGCGCCGUACGCUCCCAGCGGAUGGAAACCUGAUGGACCAGCCUUCAUCCUGCCACAAAGGGGACAGGACCAGCAACCUGCUCAAUACCUUCCACCAUCCGCAUCCUUCGACCCUCGUUAUCCAAACCCCAGCGUGGAGUACGGAACUCCUCAACAAGAAGAAGAAGAUGUCUCAGUUCAGGGUCUACCACCACAAAGGGAGGAGGUUCCCUUCUUCCAAAGAUCUCCAGUUAAUGGACAACAGAAUGUUGGGCAAGGUUUUAACUCCGAUCUCCAGAAUUUGGAUAAGGGAUUAAAGCAGACACAGUUCCAGGAACAACAGCAACGCUACCGUGAAUUCGAAAGGCAACAACAAAGAGAUGCCCAAUUCAACGCAGCCAAUCGUCUGCCAAGACCCCAAAUACCCGCCCAAUUCGCCCCCAGAACCACCAGUACCACAGAACAGCCAACCACUGAGGCUGCCACUGAAGCAUCCACAACAGAACUGAAUCUUAACGAAGGCGAAACUCUUGAAUCUUCAGACAAAGAUGCUAAAGUAUCCGUAGAAGUAGCGAAACAGAAGAUUCAAGAAUACCCUGGUGAAUUGUUCCUUAGCUCCUUAGCCCAACUUCAGUUGCAACCUCAAUUCGUUCCUUUCCAACAAUUCAGUCAGCUCAGAGCUCCAUUAAUCCUCCAACCAGUUCAAUCUCAGAAGCAAGUUGCUGGUUUUGAUGCUCAAACACAUUUUGCUGCCUUACCUUCGGUUUUAGCUCAGCAGCAAUUACAGCAGCAGAGAGUUGAGCAAGGUUACCAAAACCCUGCUGUUUUCGUUGCUGAACAGCCUCAAGCUCAAGUUCAGCCGGUCACAGCUUACCAGCAGCCUCAAUUCCAAGCUGAGCCUGUUGCAGUCCAACCAGCUCAAGCAGUACAACCUCAAGGUUUCUACGGACAAGCUAAUGUUGAACCUGUAGCUCAGUACCAGCCCGUAAAUGCUUUCCCUCAACAGUUACAACCUGUUCCUCAGUUUUCUGCUCAACCUGUAGUAUUACAGGCUCAAGGUGUCAACCAACUGCAACCAGCUGCUUACCAACCUCAGCAACCAGCUCCAUUCCAACCUCAACAACCUGAUCAGUAUCAGCCACAGACUGUUCAAUUCCAACCUCAGCCAGCUCAGUUCCAGCCUCAGCCAGCUCAAUUCCAGCCUCAACCUGCCCAAUUCCAGCCACAACCGGCUCAAUUCCAACCACAGCCUGCCCAAUUUCAGCCACAGCCUGCCCAAUUUCAGCCACAGUCUGCCCAAUUCCAACCUGGUCAACCUCAACCCCAAGCAGACCAAGAAAACCAAGACGCUGAAAGCAACGACAACAACAAUUACCAACCCCAAUUAUACCAGCAACCUCUUCUAGUCCCCGCGAACCAAUACCAAGCUCAAUUCCAACCUCAGCCAGGGUACAUUCAAGCUCAACUAAUAAGCUACCCAGGGCAAGAUGUGAGCCAAUUCCAGCAGCAAUUAUUCCAAGGGCAAUUAGAGCAACAGAACCAGUAUCCUCAAAGCCAGAGUCCUGAUGCUCUCCAGAGUGGUUUGGAUGUGAACCAGCAAGGAAAUGAUAUUGAGGAGCCUCAGGAUCAAGAGGAAGACCAAGACGAAGGAAACAAGGCUACAGCAGUAGCUACAGCCUUUGGAGCAAGAACCCAACCACGAGUGUUGCCUAAAUACGGUGCCCCGUACCCAGUACCCAGAGUGCAGGCUGCCCCUGGAUCCGUGACCACUACUGAAUCUACCGCUGAGGAGGUGACGGAAGACGGUCCCGUUGUGGCCCAAGCAGUAGCCAUCGCUGAUGGAACCAGGAAGAAGAGUGCCAAACUGAGGAGUCGCCGAGUCCGCCCAGUGUUCACACUGGACCGUUCUGGACACCUAGUAUUGGCACAAGGGCAAUAAACUAACCGAAUAUUACACGAACAUAGUCAUCUUUUUGAGAACUAUCGUAGAAAUAUGCCAUUAGUAGCGCUAGUAUCAAAAACUGCUAAAAUGGUCAUCUAAGCGAUCAUAAUCCAAAAUUGCUGGUUUGAUCCAGAUUUUUGAGAGAAACUCCAAAAAACGAAUGUAAAAAAAUCUAUACAGAGUGUAAAUGGAACGCUCCCGAAAAACGCUACAACAUUUUUUUUGUUUUUAUAAUAUUAAUCGUUUUAAUUUUCGUGUUAUUCAUGCAACAUCAGCCUUAAGCAGUUGAUUACAACUAUUAUAAUAUAAAAUAAACAUUAAAUUCCUUAAUUUUUUUUUAAAUAAACUUAGUUUUUCGUCCGUUUACACCCAGUAGUAAUUCAAAGAUUUUGGAUUGACAUCGGCAAAUAAAUUUCAGCCUUAAAAUAACCCAUAUAAUGAUGAAAAUGAUUGUUUGAACUAAUGAGAUUAAAAUUGAUAAAAGCGCCAUCUAUUGAGCAUAAAACGAUAGCUUUUAUAAAGAAACACUAGUUUUAAUAGAAUUUGAACAUUCGUUUUUAAAGCCUAGUGCAUUAAUUAUUGUACUGCUUUAGGGCUUAACUGAUGUUCAAAUUCUUUUAAAAUACCAUCAUUAAUGUCAGUAUUUUAUUACCUUUAAAGUACCUAUAGAUGUCAAUAGAUUCACCAAUUCCAAUCUUAUGUUCUUGAUUAAUAGGUUCAAUUUCUAUUAAUAAAGAAACAGUAAUUAAUUUGGUUCAUGUCAUUAACCGCUGUGUUCAGAAUCAUUGAAUGGUAACCCAGUCCUUAGCUAUUAUUGUUUUCGGAACAAAAUCGUUACUAAGGUAUAGCUUAAGUAAUCAUUAAAUGUUUCUGAGUACGGCAGUAUGAGAUAUACUUAAGAACCCAUAGUACAGUAAAUAAUAAAUCGUGUAUUAAAAUUAAAAUCCAUCUGAAUGAUAAAAUAAAGAAAUCAAAUAUUCAUGGAACGUUGACAAAACGUAUACGUCUUUGUUGUAUGAAAAUAAAUGUAUUAAUUUAUUUUUAA